GAAAUUAUUAUUCAAAAAAUUUCAUUUUGCUGUUUAGUGUAAUAUAAAUAAAGUUAAUAUAAAGAUGUUGUUUCGUAUUUUAAUUAGGUUAUUUUUAGUUUUGAUUUUUUGUUUAAUAGUAAACAUUAGAGCCUGGGGUUAUGAUUACGUACUAUCGCAGGACGAGCUCCAUAAAAACCAGCACAAUGUUAAAAAGUACUUCAAAAACGGAUUUGUCCCCCAUUCCGGCAGGGUCGGUUUUCGUCUUAAAAACUCCCAACACAAUGAAGUAGAAUUAUUUGCUUUGAUGUCUUAUAAUGAAAAUAAAUUGUCUGUGAUAUAUCAGAAAAAUGAACAUAAAGUGAUUGUUCGCGUAAAUGUUCUUGUUAAAAACAUAACAACUUUGUGGGAAGCAAAGUAUCAUGAUGUGAAUCUCGAAGUUGAAAAUUGGCAUUUUAUGGUUUACCGUUUCGGGAAACAGUUUUUUAAGAUUUGGAUUGAUUGCGAACUUAGACGAAAUAUAAAUGGAUAUUUAAAAACUUCUAUUGAUUUAGAUGAAGAUGUAAUCCGUUCUUUCGGAAAAUUAAAUUCUUUAAGAACUGGUGAUAAUGAUGAUAUCGAAUAUAAUCAACCGUUGAAAUUUCUCGCUUUACCGCAUUUAGGAUCCUCUUUUGAUGACAGAUCGCUUUGUAAAAAUAUUUUUAAUUUAACGUAUCCUCAGAUAAGGAUUAAUGAUGAUUACACAUCAGGAACAUUUUAUCCUCUUAGCUUUUUUGAAGACAAUCUAACGAAAUAUGAUACUCCGGGGGUGUAUUAUGAAAUAAGUGAAAGUGCGUCACGUGAUGUAUCAGAAUUCUUUGAAGAUGGUCUUGAUAAAGAUCAUUUAUUUGAAAUGACAUAUCGUAUAAAGGAAUUUCCACAUUCAAAUUUCUCAUACUAUUUGAUAACUUUAACAUCUGGUGCCGAAUCUUUCCUUUCUUUAACUGUAAAUGGUAAAAAUAAAAUGUUGAAAUUGCAAAGUGGAAUAAAUAACAAUGGUGAAUUUAUUCGCUCCUAUACUGAAUUUUGGGCAGAUCAGAUUUUUAAUAACGAUUGGCAUACAAUUAAAUAUAUACUGAAUGAUGGAAUUUUCACUUUGUAUAUCGAUGAUGAGAUAAUGGAAGAUUUUCUUGGUUUUAAGCACAUUGACUUAAGAUAUAAAGGUUAUGACAAGCAAUUUAUGUGGUUUGAUACUUCUCUAACAAUUUUGCAACCAGGAUCUGGAUUUUAUAAGGAACCGGUUUUGGACAUCAGGCAUAUGAAAUAUUUUGGAAAUGCUAUUACAACUAACAACACAGAAAUUUCUUUAGAAUCAGAGGAACCAGAAGUUAGUGGUUAUUUUAAUUCACUUUUUAGAGUGAUAAGUCGGACUUCGGUUGCACUUUAAAUUAUAAGGAUGUGAAAAUAAAGACUUGUUUGUGUUCAUAUUAGUUACAUAUAACUUUUUUGUAAUGUAUGUACAUAUGUACAUAUGUAUGUAAGUAUUCCUCAAAAAUUCUUAAUUCCAAACAAUGUGGAACGCAUUAUAGGAAUAUUAAUUGCAUAUAUUUACAUCUCAGAAAUUAUCUGUAUAAGCAAUUCCGAGUUCUGAACUAAAAUUAUAUAUUUAUGAAAUAGAAUGUUUUUAAACUAACAAAUGAGGAAAGAAAAGGAGGGAAAAGUGGGCAUAUUAUAAGCACUUUUUACAUUCUAUAUUGCAACAACAUCGAAAACAAUUUAUUAUUUUGUAUUGGAACUCCUCUUUCAUUAAAUGUUUUUACAAUUUUAUAAUAAAUUAUCGUGAUAAAUUUUAAAACUCUUUUUAAGCACAAUGUUAAGUUACCUUUAUUUCAAACUCAACGAUAGAACUAAA